AACUGGAGGGAGGGUAACAAGGGGUUGGUACAGUGUUGAUGGAGUCAGUCCCGGGGAAGUGAGCGGGUGGCCGAGCGCAGCCAUGGGCGCAGAAGGCUGCGGGAGGGAGGAGAUGCUGGAACUGGCGACCGAGGCGUUCCGGGCGAGGAAUUUCCAGCUGGCCGCUGAAAUCUACGAGUGCCAGCUGCGGGCGAGCCAGGAGGACGAGCAGGAGCUGAGGCUGAGGCGUGCCCACUGCCUGGCCAUGGGUGGCCGGCUGGCCGAAGCCCUGGAGGAGUACAAGCACCUCUCCCAGCAGGGUACCCUCCGACCGCACCACCUGGAGUUACUGGUCGAACGCCUGGCGGAGGGCAUGAGGACCAGCCAGGGUUGGACGGACGGGGAGCAGCUCCCCAGACGCUUGCUGGGCUGCCCCAAGUGCACGGGUGCUCUGUACGAGCCGGUCACCCUGCAGUGCGGCCACACUUACUGCAAGAACUGUCUGGAGAGAGAGCGAGAAGGCAACAGAGCCUCGGCAACUCACUGCAAACUUUGCAAAGAUAAACUCUCCGCCUCCGGCACCUACAGAAUCAACGUGGUUUUGAACAGUUUCUUAAACAAGUACUUCUCGGCAGAAACCAGAGCACUAACUCUUAGGCACGAAGGGAACGUCUUGUACAAGAAUAAGAAACCACAGGCUGCCUUAGAGAAGUACCACGAAGCCAUUGCGUUAGCACCCAAAGACCAUUUACUACUGAGCAACCGUGCACAAAUUAAUGCAAGUAUGAGAUACUUUGAAGAUGCAUUGCAUGAUGGAAAUACUGCCUGCAACCUCCAACCCACCUGGUCCAAAGGUCACCUAAGAAAAGCACAGGCCCUUGCUGGACUUCAAAAACUGGACCAGGCUUUGAAAGAGUAUAUAAUUUGUAUCGCUUUAGAUUCAGAAAAUAAAACAGCAAAAUUGGAAGCCCAAAAGAUCCUGAGUGACUUCCUUUCACCCAUUGCGGAAAAUAUGCGCCAGUGUUUACCUGAUAUGAUGCAUCUUUUAUCUCCACGAUCUCGAAUUAAAGAUAUUGUCAAUUCACUCAGCGCCAGCAAUGUAUUAGAAAACUCUCGCAAGGAAAAUAUAGAUACAGCUGACAUUGGGGUCAGGAAAGAAUGGAAGGCUCACUCAUGCGGUAAUUUAACCAAGACUGCACAAGUGCUGGGUGAUAAUAAAGAUACACUGAAGAAUUCAUCCACUCAGCUCGCCUUGACUAGUCCUGAAAAAAGGAACACCCGGAAAACAAAAUAUGACCUUAUUAACGACGAUAAGGCUGAAACAAUCGAAGACAACAGCAAAUGCUUCAAGCGAGCUAGAACACAGAGUCCCAGCAGAGAACAUGAUGUCCAAUCAGACCUUGUGGAUCCAUUUGACCUGGAGUGUUCCCUGUGUAUGAGGUGUUGUGGUCUGCGUUUUUGGUAUUUGUUUCCUUUCAGGCUACUCUAUGAACCCAUCACCACUCCAUGUGGACACACCUUUUGCCUGAAAUGUAUCGAGCGCUGUAUGGAUCACAGUCCAAAGUGCCCUCUUUGUAAAGAAGUCCUACCCGAGUAUCAGACACUGAGGAAGUACAGCAGAACUUUUCUAAUAGAAGAGCUCAUUGCCUACUACUUGCCAGAGGAACUUGCUGAAAGGAAAAGGGUGAAUGAUGAUGAGAUGGCAGAGUUAUCGAACCUCAACAAAGCAGUGCCCAUAUUCAUCUGCACUAUGGCAUAUCCUAAUGUCCCAUGCCCGCUACACAUCUUUGAGCCUUGUUAUCGAUUGAUGAUUCGGAGGUGCAUGGAAUUUGGCAACAAGCAAUUCGGGAUGUGCAUGAGUGACCCGGUCAAGGGCUUUGCUGAUUACGGCUGUAUGCUGGAAGUCCGAAGUGUUGAGUUAUUCGCGGAUGGUCGCUCGGUGGUCGACACGAUCGGCAGACGAAGGUUUAAGGUCUUACGCCACAGUGAGAAGGACGGCUAUAGUACGGCGGAUAUUGAGUACCUCGAGGAUGGAAAGAUGGAGGGAGAGAGCUACGCUGAACUUCUCAGACUGCACGACUUGGUUUAUGAUCAAGCGUACAAGUGGUUCAGCUCACUCAAGCAAGGACUGAAGACUCGAAUUCUGAGCCACUUUGGGCCAAUGCCGCGGAAGGAUACAGAUAUACAGGCAAGUCCUGAUGGUCCAGGCUGGUGUUGGUGGCUUUUGGCGGUGUUGCCACUGGAAAAUCGCGCUCAGCUACCAUUCCUCGCGAUGACGUCGCUUCAAGACCGUUUGAAUGGCAUUCGACGUGUGUUGUUAUUCAUGUCUCGCAAUUGUCCGCGAUGACUAUCUGCCCAGCCUGGAUCUCAAUCCCUGUCUACAGGGUGAUAGGAACCCUCAUUGCCACCACACAAGUGAGAUUUUCCUACAUUCAUGUCUUACUGAAGCAGUCCUUGAAAGGAUCCAUGUAGUGAAGGUUGUGCUGUCAGGCCAAUGCGAAGUGUUACUGGUAAUAUAAUUUAAUACUGAACUCUCAGUACCUUCUGUGACUCCUUUUACAGCCUGAAUCCCAAUAAUAUUAUCUUAUUUUAAGAGUAUAUAUUUUUGUUAAGUCAUAUGUAUAUUUAUGGAUCAACAAAUGUUUUUUUUUAAUUUUUAUGCUUUCUUAUAUAUUUAGAAUUCAAUUUUGAGUGAUAUGCAAACUAUAAUACUCUUUGAAAUGACUUGAUUAAUCCUAAAGGUCGUGAAGGGGAAAUGUAAUAUUACUCUCUGGGAUAUGAUAAACUGUGGGGCACACAUUGCAUGCAACCUUUCACUUUGAAAUGUACUCCUGGCUACCACAAAUAAUAUUUGUUACUAUUUUUUUAAACUCCCAACUCCUCCACAUAUCUUGCCUUUCCUUUCCUUUGAACCCUCUUGACCUAUCUGGAGACUACUGUGAUUUCCCACAGUAGUUUAGUGAGUAUGGUAUAAAGACGGUUCUUAAAAGCAGACAAAAAACGUCAGUCCCUCCGAUUCCCCUCUCCUUCCUCUCCCAGCAUGUUGCGAAAUCACAGAGGUCCCAUUCGAGUGCCUCGAAUAACACAGUGAGGUCAGGGGCUUGGAAUUCCAGCACACAGCCUUGUAUUGUACUAAUCCAUUCUGACACUCUGCACCUCCCACAAUUUCCCCAAGUUAAAACAUGGUGUUAAGUAUCCUUAAUGGUCAAAAGAAGCACCUGUCUUCCAUGAGCAUCAUUAUGCCCAGCAUCAGAUAACACUAAAGCAGACCAGUUGUCUUGGGAAUGUUUGCUUUUUUUCUACUUGAAAAAUGUUUGCACCUUGUCAAACUUUGGAUUCUUGUUAUAUUAUCAGUAACAUUCAGUUUAACACGGUACCUGAGAGUUGCACAUUCCUUCCCAUGUGUGUUCUCAUAAAGCCAAAGUAAAAUAUAUUUAUUUAUUAUCUUAUUUUUGCAGCAAUCUAUGUAGUGUGCAUUUGAUGUGUGAAAUAAUUUAACCUGCCUGAUCCAAUGAUAUCUGAAUUAUUCUGUCAUUGUCUAAAGGAAACACUUGGGCUCGAAACACUUGGGCUCAAAACACUAAAGUGGAUUAGGUAGCAGAACUUUUAAUAUACAUUCUGAUGAUAUAGUGUAUUGUUUGGUAUGUACAUUUUAAACAAUGCUGCAUCUAAAUCGUAAUUAUAAUUUGGAUGUUGUAUGCAGUUAAGGAAUUUAUUUUGCCUAAACAAGACCUUGAUAGUCAAUGCCUCUAGCCUUAAUAAAUGUAUUAAUUCCAUCUCUGACAUUUAGUGAAACUUGAUUAUGAUAGGUGAAUUUCAACUGACCCUACAAUCUUUCGUGCUUGAAUGUAACAAGUAGCUUCAGUGUAACUAUUUUGAUGUGCUGUGAAGUUAUCUUGGGGGUUAUCUAAUAGAUAAAGGCCAAGUAUUUGGUGCUGGUUUAUUCUGGAGUAUCUCACGAUCACCAGUCAUGUUUGGAUUAAACAAGACUAGGUUGCAGAGUGCUGUUAGAAUCAAACCCCAGAUUAUUUACAUGUGCACUGUGUUCUGUUAGCACUCAGUUUGAGAAUUUAAGCAAUGAGAGAUGAUGGAACAGAGAGAACAUCAAGAGCAAAGUAUACAGUUUUCAUCCCUAUCUUUAUUGCUUCCAGUUGAGCAUAUUGAGGUGAUGGUUUAGCAGUGUUUGGCAAGAAAAGCAAUUUACUGUAUAAUUUCAAUUAAACAAUGUGCCUCUUUAAUCUAUGUUUAACUAAAAUUAUUCAUGUUGACGUUUCAGUUUAGCCUUUCUUGUCUAAUGUUUCCCCUCCCUCGAAUAGCUUUCAUUUCCCAAAAUAAAUGUAAUUUGCGUUAAAAGAAAGAUAAAAGUUCCAGACUUACUCAUCAUUAUUUUCUAUUCUUUAUAAGAAAUAGUCUGGCGUAAUGCUGAACUGGAUAUUCUAUUAAUGAUGAACAAUUGAAGUUGAUCUAAAAAUGUCCUUUCAUCAUAGCAGGAAGAACUAGAAUUGUGAUCUCCUGACAUGCAUGAACAACUAUAUUGUUGUGUCCUGUAGAACUCAAUCACAAAUGGAAACUAUAAGGAAGACGCUGCACAAAAAAUGGAUGUGGCCAAAACUACGUGCACAUAUGUUUGUGAAAAAGUCGAUCGCAUUUUACCUUGAAACAACUUGGGUUCACAAAGUAAAUAGAGAUGAUAGAGGUUGUUUGGUCCUCCUUAAACUAUCUAUCCAGAAUAAAUGAAGAAGUACAUUGCCCCAUGUUGAGGGGGCAGGAAUGGAUCAUUUAGCCACCAUGACCACUGUUCUAUCAUUCAUUUAGAUAGUGGCUGAUCUGGAAUUAGCUCCACCUUGGUGUCAUAAUCCUCAACAGCACUGCCUAGCAAAGAAAUAAUCAAUUGUUUUGCAAUUCACCAUUGACUACCCAUUCCCCAAUCUCCCUCCACCCCACCUCUCACAGACAAACACACACACACACACACACACACACACACACACACACAAACAUUAAUUGGCUGAACAGCUUUUUGAGAGAAAGAGUUGCUGGUUUUCAAUCCACUUUCCACAACGACCCACCUCCUUGUACUAUGUCACCAGAAGAAAUAGUUUCUAUAGCCCCUCACUGGCUUUUUGAUCAUCUUAAAUAUCUUCAAUCGAUCUCCUGUAAUUUUGUGAGAAUACAGACUUUUAGACCCAGUAUGAUCAGUUUUUCUUUCAUUCACUUCUUUACAAACAUCAUUCCAAGUGAUGUAGAUUUUGAGCCUUUCACUAGUUAAUGUCUUGUUCUGGUGUUGAGUUUCACCAGUUAACCAUACAGGUCCACUGAGGGUUAUAGGCAGCCCAUACUGGGAUGAGCAUCUGGGAGACUGGCAGGACGGAUGAGGAUGGAUUUGCCGGCUGCUGUGGGACUGCAGGCAUCUUCUGCUGGGUGGGAAUGGGGCAUUUCCACCUGCCUUCUCUCCCACCCCCACCCCUGAACCACAACAGUCGGGGACUGGGUGGAGCCGAGCAGAGCCGGGAGCGCUGAACAGACUCACUCGCUCCCUCACCGAGUCAGUGAGGCCGGCUGGCGGCCGCUCUUCCCGCGCCUGCUCGCUCUCCCGUCACAGUUGCGACCCUCUCCCACACACUUGUUGUUCAUUCCCACCUUACGAACAGUUCGGUUGCCGAACAGUCCUCAGAAUCGGAGCCCUGUCGUAACCUGGGGACUGCAAGUAUUGACGUUGUCUUGUUUUUAAAUACCACCUUUAACAUGGUUAAACAUUCUUGGUUAGUUUAUAGCAUAUCAAACCAAAUUUACCAUCAAGGUGGUAUUGCGACAGAUGAUCAAAAGAUUGAUCAGGGAGGUGGGUUGUUCAAAUGUCUGAAAGAGAGGAGGUAGAAAGCUCUAGGGAUGAAGUACCUGCGACUGUGGUUUGAGCAGGUAUUAUAUUCUAUAUUUAUAUAAAUUUCUAUUCUAGGGAGCUUCAACAACAUAGAACCUUCUCUGUAUAGAAAGAGGCCAUUUGGUGCAUUAAGUCCAGUUCCUAUUCAGUUUUCCCCACCUAUCAACUUCAGCCUCGUUUUCCCCUCCGCCCUCUUAACUUAUUUUCCAUCAAAUGUCCUUCCAAUUUCCUUUCGAAAGCCCUGGUUGGCCCCCAUUUCCAUCACCUUUAGAGCCAGCUGAAUCUCAGAUCAUCACCUCUCUCUGCAUUUAACAAGAAUGUUUUCCCUCGCAUCUUCCCCGUAUCUUUUGCCUUUCACCUCAUUUAGUUUCCAGACCUCUUUCUCCCAACAGACUGUGGAUACUGUCAGGAUAAUUUUCUUUGCAAGGUUUUGCUCAGUAUAUUCACAUUGGGUAUUGGUAUCAAGGCAGAUGGAGCGAAGGUGGGUAAAUUGAAUUGGAAGUACAUGAUCUCAUUGGAUGGUAGACUAGCCUUGAGGGGCAGCAUAGCCUCCUUCAUUUCCUAAAUCUUAAUAUUUCUCUAUCAAGUAGGAAACAAAAGAGCAGCUGCGUCCUGAAAGUUUUGUGACUCAAUGCUUCCUCAAGAUUGUAGUGGCUUAUGUAAAAAUGUAGAACUAUUCCUGUGAAACUAAAGACGUUGUUGAGUGUCGUUAUGCCCACUGUUGUCUUGGUGACUUGUCCUAUGUUCCCAGCUCUGUUUCUGGUUUGCAUUUUAAUGGAGAUACUCGUGAAGCAAAUAUUUAAAUCAACAAAGAUUUGGAAGUGCAAUUAAAAUUAAGUGUUUGUGAUGAUUACGGUUAACACAACCAUGCUGUUAAAUAAA